AUGUACAGCACUGGUUUGGACUUUGGCUCAGGCGAAAUCGCAAAAUUCAUUAGCAGUAAAAUUGUUCAAAGAGAAUGCAAACAGUAUGCAAGAAACGGUAAAUCAACAAGUAACGUCUGCAAGUGUGGUCGUGAGGUUCAAUGGCAUACGGAUAAAAGCCUGGAAUGCAACCCUGAUACAGAUCAUGACGAUUGGAAACCAAAAACACACACUAAGACUAUGAACUGUGAUUCAUUCGGGGAGAUCUUCUUUAGAGGUGUCGGUCAUGGCACACGGAACUCUCCAUAUGUGCGACUAGCUAGUGACACUGACCUUGAUGAUGUCUGGAAAAUACUUACCAACUCCUGGCAUCUUCCGAUUCCAAAACUGCUCAUCUCCGUUACGGGUGGCGCCAAAUAUUUUGAGAUGAAGCCACGGCUAAAGGACAUGCUAAAACAGGGCUUGUGUCAUGCAGCUACCAGCACUGGAGCUUGGAUAAUUACCGGUGGUACAGGGACAGGAAUUAUGCAGAUUGUUGGAGAAGCGAUACAUGAAUACACGAUGGCCCAUGACGUUCAAGACCAGAAGCUGGUGGCUCUUGGGAUAGCCACGUGGGGAAUCAUAUCCAACAGAUCCGCAUUAGUUGGAAAAGGCGACAAGGGCCUGUUUCCAGCAACCUACGCCAUUAAAGAUGUCCAGGCUGACACACGAGAAGCUCCACUAGAUCACAACCACACUCACUUCAUACUCGUGGACAAUGGCACAGAGAACAUAUAUGGAGGGGAGAUCGAGUUCCGAACUGCCCUGGAAAGUUAUAUAUCAACAGGAGUAACAGGAGUGGCUCAAAACCAGAGUAAGUCUGAUUAG